UCCCCAAAACCCUAACGCCGUACCAGCGCACGGGCCCUCUGUGGUGGCUGAGGCUCUCGUCCAAGAAGCCUCCCUCUCUCUCUCUCUGCAGCAACUGCAACCAACAAGAAGUACGUGAAACGCCUUAAGAACCAAUCACAGUCACUCACACCGACUCUCUCUCUUCUCCCCCACUCUCCCCUCUCUGAACCCAAAACCCUAAAAUUACCGAGAACAAAAUUCUUGUUCAAUCGUCGUCGGUAUGCAACCAUGAGAAGGAGAGAGACGGACUCAGAUAGAUCGUAGCGAUCUCUAGAUCUCUUCUUCUUCAUGGCCUGUCUGAGAUGAGUUUCUGGCCAUGAGAGAUCGAGAGGCGGGCGUCGGGGCGUCGAUCGUACUUUAAAUGGCCGAUCUUGGCGGGAUUUUGCGCAUGAGGGAGCGAAAGGGUUUCCAUUGUGUUUUGAAUGGUGAUGAGGAAGCAUGGAGGUUCUGAGCGGCGUUCGCGUUUUGGAUUGUUUUCUGUUGGGAAGCAGGCCAGGGUUUCUAGGGUUUUGCAGUUCCGAGACGCCUCCAUGCCUUCCGUGGGCACGCGGAGGUCGACCAGGGUGUUUGUCCCGAAGACCGUCGGGAACAUCGGGGACUCGCCGGUGAAGGAGUUACGGUCCGGGAAGCGCCUGGUGCUCGAGGGGGCUGGGAAGCCUUUGGCCGCGUCUGGGGAGGAGUGGAUCAGGUUGCUGGGGAAUCCCAGCGAUGUGUCGGAGGGGGAAUCGGAGGAGACGAAGCACAACAAGAAGAAGAAAUCUCGGAGUUUGAAGAAUGACGGAAGGGAUGUGGCUGCGGAUAGGCUACUGCCCUGGAGAAAGGAAAGGAGUGAGAGGAAGCUCCGCAGGUUGGAGCAUGGCGGUGGGGAUUCUGGGGCUGUACUAUCGUCCGUAUCACGCCAGAAACUCUCCGAGUGGGUUGGUGGAAGGGAUGGCUGUGGAGCCUUGCUUGCUGACCAGGGCGCUGUUGGCGUGAGCAGCCACUUUAGGAUGUUUGGGAUUACUUACAGUCGGAAACGGCGGAGGGAGGGACUAACUGAUGGCGAAAGGAUGCAAUCUUCGGAGGAGCAUAGAAUGUAUGGUUUGUCCUUUACACGCAAACAGAGGAGGAAAAUUUGCAAAAAUUCAAAGAUCAAUUCUCCUUCCCAACUGAUAGUUCUGAAGGAAAUUCCAGGGAACUGCAUCAGGGAGAUUGCUCUUUUUGCAAAAAGACUCUCAUCGGGGCUGGAUGAGAAUGAGAUAGGAACGGGGAUGGGUGUCUCCUAUCAGAAUUUCUGGCAAAAGAAUUCUCGCCAUGCGAUGCUUGCUUGCAUAGUAGAGCCUUCUUACAGCAAUUCAUGUUAUUUUGCAAAUUUUCUGGUUUCAGUUUUGCGUUCGAUUGGGAAACCAGGAUUCAAGGUGUACAGUUUUGCUUGGUUUUUGUUCCUGGAAUCGAUAGCUUCUGUCUUCUCUGACCACGGCAUACUUUUUGUGCCUCUUCUUCGUUCCGUGAAGCUCGACAAGUGUCUUUGUGUCAAGAAUAGAGGGAUAACCGCCCUCGACGUUUCCGGUGAGGAGAUUACCGAUAGUUUGAGGCAAUGUGGCUGUAUGCUAGAUUGGUGCUCGACCAUGCUGGCUAUGUUACAGGAGAGUAUUGCUAAAGAAAACCUUUUGGCCCUUAAGUGUCGAUCUAGACGACUCGCUGAUCCUGGUAUUUGUGCAAUCUUCGGGGCUUACGGAUCUGUUCCCUUGCUAUCCUUAAACUUUGCUGCUUUACCAACAUUUUUUAUGCAUAUGCACGCCGAUAUGAUGCUCUUUGGUUCUAAAAUGCAUUCGUGGAGGUGGAUGACUGGAUGGUACUUGAGUGCUGCACAUGAUUUGGUAUCUGCAAAGAGUUCUGAAGAUUCUCAAUCACAAAACUUUUCAGGGGUUGCUGGAACUGCUACUUUGAAAAAAAAACGAUACUCAAUUGUUUCGGCUAGAUCAAAAUUUCUAAAUCACCAAAAGAAGAGGAGUUCGCCACAUACUGUCAGAGCCAUCAGACGUUCGCCUUUAAAGGAUCGUCUGAAUGUGUUAAUGAAUGAAACCAAGAGCCCUCUGCUGAUGUCCGAUAUGUCAUUGAGAAAUAGGAGCUUUGAGAAGAUUAAGGGACUAAGAAUUCUGUUAGAAGGUUUGAAGCAAAAUAUUGACACUGCAUCGUGCAAGGCAAACAUCUUGGUUGUCGACCAUGAUAGAUGUUGGAGAGAAACUGGUGCUUGCAUUACGUUAGAGGCAUCUGAAUCUAAAGAAUGGCUUCUUGCUGUUAAAAAUCAUGGCUUGACAAGGUACCUACACAAACCACAUGAGAUGAGGCCUUGCACAUCUAACCGUUACACACAUGCCAUGAUGUGGACGGGUGAAAAGGGUCCAAGGGGUUGGAAGCUUGAGUUUUAUGAUAGAAAUGAUUGGGUUGUCUUUAAGGAACUAUACAAGGAAUGUGUUGAGAGGAAUGCAGUGUCAACGCCAGUCAGGUUUAUUCCAACUCCUGUAGUGCGUGAAGUACCUGACUAUGAGUCAACUUACUCUGCUAGCUUUGUGCGUCCGUCUGAGUAUAUCACUGAUGUGGAUGAUGAAAUUGGGAGAGCUCUUGCUGAUGACUCUGUGAUAUAUGAUAUCGACUCUGAUGAUGAAAGGUGGCUCAAUGAAUUAAGGGGGCAUGAUGAGGGUUGUGAACACAGAGAACUUGAUACUUGCAAGCAUAUUGCUGCAGAUGAAUUUGAGAAGGUCAUGGAUAGACUGGAGAAGAUUGCGUUCAGACAGUCAGAUGACAUCUCUAACAUCGAUGUGGUUACUGGCCUUUGUACUGAUUUGUUGGAAAAGGACAAAGUUAAUGUGGUAUAUGAUUAUUGGUUAAGAAAGAGAAAACAUAAAGGCAAGGCUCUUGUUAGGGUUUUCCAGCGACCACCAAUGAAGAGAGCACAGCUGAUUCAAAAACCAUUCUUGAGGAAGAAGAGAUCUUUCAAGAUGACUAGGUCAGGCCGUCGUCAAGGAGGUCGAGGCAAGCCAGAGGCUUUUCUACAAGAAGCAGCGUAUGCUGAAGAACUGCGCAAGAUUCGAGAAGCCCAAGAAGCCGCAAGCAAAGCAAGGGAAGCAGCUAUUUCAAAACGGAGGAAGGCACAGUCUCUCAUGCGUACUGCAGACUUGGCUGUAUUCAAGUCGGUCAUGGCAGUGAGAAUUGCCUUCGCAAAGCAAAAUUCCCAUGUCUCCCCGAGGACGUUGAUUGACUUGCAGCAACGGUAAGGGGAUUGUGCGCUUGUGGGAUUAAGAAGGCCAAAAUUGAGGUUUUUCUCCGGGGUGCGCAGGAAGAUAUGCCGGUGGGUGGGAUGUCCGAUAAAGGUUGUAGUCGGGAUGGUCUUUGGCGACGGUUGUUACGAAAGGGGCUAUUUUGACUGGCCAAGUUGUACUAUUUUUGUAUAUACAUUUAGAAUGCAUACCCUGUAGAUUUUGUAUUA